CCAAAGCUUAUACAAAUUGGACUGAAGCUUUCAACUUGGAAGCUUCAGAACCCAGGAAUUCCUCUAAUGGCCAAUCAGUCCUCCUCUUCUUACCCAAUCCUUUGCGCUUCCUUCAAUCAAGACACCAGUUGCUUUGCAAUUGGGACAAAGGAUGGCUUCAAAAUAUUCGAUUCCAAUACAGGGAGGCUCUGUUACGAACGAGCUAUUGGGGCUUUCGUUAUUGUUGAAAUGCUAUUUAGCUCCAGUCUUCUUGCCAUUGUUGGAGCUGGUGAAGAGCCAUCUUUAUCGCCACGGCGUCUCUGUCUCUUCAACACCACAACUGGAACUGCUCUUCGAGAAUUAAAUUUUUUGACUUCAAUACUUGCUGUUCGCAUGAAUAAGAAAAGACUUGUUGUCAUUUUACAGGACAAAACAUAUGUAUAUGACAUAAAUAGUCUUGGAAUCUUGGACACUAUUGAUACUAUUCCAAAUUUAAAAGGGCUUUGUGCAUUCUCUCCAAGUUUGGAAGGGUGCUUCUUGGCUCUUCCUGCUAGCAUCUCCAAGGGAUCUGUGUUGUUGUACAAUGUCAUGGACCUGCAUUUACAUUGUGAGAUAGAUGCUCAUCGAGCCCCACUUGCUGCAAUGGCUCUUUCUUCCAAUGGGACGUACAUAGCAACAGCAUCUGAACAGGGGACCAUUAUAAGAGUCCAUCUAGUCUCAGAAGCAACUAAGUCUUAUAGCUUUCGAAGAGGGACAUAUCCCUCAACUAUAUAUUCUUUGUCAUUUGGGCCAUCUACGCAACUGCCAGAUAUUCUUGUGGGCACAAGUUCUUCAGGUUCUGUUCAUGCUUUCUCUCUGGGGUUCUCUAUUUAUCAAAGCAGAAGCAAAAGAUCAGGAAGUUUUCUUGGAUCAAUUAUACCUGGCUCUGUUACGGAUGCAUUGGAUCCAGCCCAUCAUGAUGUACUUCAUAAUGCUGCACCAGCAGGAGUCAAAAGCUAUGCCGUGAUUCGAAAGGUUGACAAGGUUGCUGAUACAUCAACUUCAGAAAUUGUGGCUUGCAGGGCAACUAUUUCCAUUAUAACAUACAAUGGGUACUUCCAGGAGUACAACUUAAGCAUCAACAAUCAGAACGAGUUCUCAUGGAGUCUGGAGCGUGAAUUCAAGCUACUGACUGUCAUCUCAGACGAUGCCAUCAGCUCCUGAUGAAACUGUUGAAUGGAUCAUCUCUGAAACUCGGGGAAGUGCGCACUAUUAUUCAAGCCCAGCAGACAGAAUUGUGCUAGUAUGCUUCGAGGUCUAGUGACAAGCCUUGAAGGAUCAUGUAAAUUGGGGGCAGUAAUUGUUGACAUGACAAGGUAACAGUAGGUUAGUAUUGGGCAUAUUUCGUGUCGGGAUCUCGUCCCAGAUAACAUAUGAUUAGUUAACAAUUUGUGUGGUGUGCAUAAAAGUGAAGAUUUCUACAUAUAUACAUGUGAAUAGUUGAACCCUUUGACCCUUCCCAAAAUAUGUAUCUCUAAAUUGAUCAUAACGAGCGGGUACAGUUUUUCAAUAAAAGAAGUAAUUAUUUGGUUGGUCAUAAA